AUGACAUUGAGAAGUGGAACACAACUAGACGAGGUGUUAAUGCCAAAAGAAACCGGCAAUGAUGUUGUCAUAGAAGUGUUAAAAGAAGAUAAAGCUCCUAGUACAGAAGUUGACCAUGAGACUCAAGAAGAAGUCGAGAUUCCACCAGAGGUAACUCGUGUUUACAAGCCUAAGAUUCCAUUCCCAAGUGCUUUGAAAAAGCCGAAGAAGGAGAAGGAGCAAGCUAAGCUAAAAGAACCUGUAAGCUAA